AUGAAUCUGAAUCAGUCUGGUACUUCAGAAUUACUGACCUCCGAAAACGUCAACUCGGAAGAGGACAACAGCAUGCAUGUGGAAAGAUCAAGCGAAACCACUGAUGUCCCCAUGGACUGGUCGAGCGUCACCAAUUUCGAUGGAUCUGCAAGUUCGCAAGUCGCUCAAUCUUCAGGUUUGGAUCAAGGAAUACUACCUGGGCCACCUUCGAGUAAAUCAACCGUGCCUAGAAAACGCGGAAGACCCCGUGGCACACACCACCCAAUGAAUGAUGCUAAAAGAGCAAAAAUUGUAACUUCAAUUGAAACCUCGAGUUCUGUGAACCCCGAUCCCUCAAUUCCACUUGAGUCAGAAGGCGCCUCAAAUUGCUUGUCGUCCAGCGAACAUAUCUCGGUUCCAUCUCCUGGAAGUUCCAAUGUGCAGCACUCUGAUCUACGGCGGUCCAGUCGAAUUCAGUCAAUGCAGUCACAAAGUACCUCAAACAUCGCUACUGUUGUUCGACCCGUAAGACAUCAUCUUGUCGAAGUCGCUGAGCGGUUUGGUCCUCCACCGUAUACUGGCACAAUGUUUGCGGACAUAGAUAAAACAAUGACGCAGACCUACAAUCGGCGAGGACUAUUCAAGGCCGUCUUGAACAGUUGUCCUACCUUCCUAAGUCGCGUCGACGCAAGAAUUAGAGAAGAGGUGAUUGAAGAACUUACAGAGACUCCGAAGACGAGAUGGUCUAAGGCGACGAGUCUUAAUCGUGAUACUUAUGAUGUAUGGCUCCAUCAUCUAAACGAAGAGUUGAAUCAACGUUAUGGGAAGUUUGCUAAUGCUAAUAGCAUUGUCAGUUGCGGCCCUGCUCUGUCGACGACCGUCGAAACCACUAAACUACUUAAGAUCUCUGGGAAGAAUUAUACUUCCAAUCACCUCGCUGCAGGUAAGGGUAACAGCGCAAUCGAAUAUCACAAUCAGGGACAGCGGCGUUUUGGAUAUAUACAAUAUGCCUUUCGAACACAGCUAAUUGAAACAGUGUUUUUAGUGGUGGACCAGUUCACCCAGCUGAACGCAAGCGAUUCAAGACGGGAUUGCUUUGUCUCUCACCCCCGCCUGCAGGCCGCCAUUGUAUACUCAAAGAUAGAACGGUCUGCAGUGAUCGACAUGCGCGAUCUUAUGGGCCAUGUCAUUGUGUUGCCCUAUCCACCCGGUCACCUUGGUAUUUCUCACGAAACACUGGGUAUAGUAGGGCUGCGGAACAUAAUUUCAGCCGAUGCGGACAGCACAACAGAUUGGUGA